AACGACCUUUUGGGUAUUUAUAUAUAUUUAUCAUAAAAUUAUGAUUAAAACAUACAGCCUAGCAUUAGGACAUCGAUGAACAGUAGAUUUUGGCCUUCUUUUUUUGCUAUUGAAAUCGACUUGUCAUUUAAAUCUUCUUAAAAGUGAUUUAUGUCUAUAGCUGUACAAUAACAAUGCAAAUAUAACAUUUUGGCUUGUUUGUUUUUAGAAAUAGCAUUAUUAUUGCUCACAUGUUAGGGGGUCAAUUCAUGUUUAUCAUGAACUGAACUAAAUGCUGCAGCAGCUUUCUGCCCUCUGGGUAUUUUCCACCUAGUAUGAAAACUGGUAUCCAAUCAGCAGAGACAAAGAGGCAGGGUUCUAUUUGGUGUGUCCAAAACUGUCUUUGGAUGAGAGAUCCAGUAGCGAUCACAGAGGCUGAACAUCGUAGAAAAUCCUGGAGUGAAUUUUUAUCUUCAUCAGAUGGACAGAAGGCAAUCAUCCAGUGAUAUGGAGUUGAGGGUUCUGGUGAUUGGUAGCAGUGGACCAUCCCAGUUCGACCUCACCAACGCCAUAUUGGGCAGGGAGGAGUUCUCCAAGGACGUCAACAUCAUCCCAGGGAGCAGGAAGAACCAUGGCAACCUGGCUGGGAGGCGCGUCGCCGUGGUCAACGGACCUAACCUGUACAACAAAGACCUCUCUCACGCCAAGAUGAAAGAGGAGUUAAACAGGUCCAAAUGUUUGACCGCCCCUGGGCCGCACGCCCUGCUCUUUUCCUUUGACUUGGAUGAGAUCUCCCCGAAUGACAUCAAAACCUCCCUGCUGGUGGUGAAGAAGUACGGGCUGGACUCCCUGAACUACAGCAUGGUGCUCUUAGCCUACGAGGGAAGUCUGGACGGAGCGGCUUUGGAAGCCUGCGUGCUGAGGCCCGACAGGCCUCUCAAAGCGCUGAUUGACCAGUGCGGGGGACGCUACCACAUCUUCAACAAGAACUGGCGCGACCGCAGCAGGGACCGAGAGCUGCUGCAGAAGAUCGAGAGGAUGCUCGCCGCCAUGGGGGGGCGCUGCUACACCAGCCGCGCCUAUCAGAAGGCGGAGGGGAAGGUGAGGAAGGAGGAGAAGAAGCUGCAGAAGAAGAGAGCCGCUGAAACGGAGAGCGCGUGGAAAGAGCUGGAGCAGCAGUACGGGGGGGAGGAGCUCCACUGGCAGAUGGACGCCUAUAACGCCAGCGUCGAGGCGGAGAUCAGGGCCAAGGCGGAGAUGGACAACGGCUGGCUUAGGACUUCGCUGGCCGUAGGUGUGGGGCUAGGCUUUGCGGCAGGGGCGGUCAUGGGGAUGGUGGUGGGGGCCGUGGAGGGGCCUGCCGGCAUUGCAGUGGGCGGAGCCGUUGGUGGAGCAGUGGGGGCAGCGGCGGGAGGAGCUGCCCAGGUGGCCGUGGAGCAUCUGGAGGACAGGGUGGGACCCCAUGCCAACCUCUUCAACUUCAACUCUGUCUUCAUCAACCGCUUCUUCCGAGCCCCCCGACUAUGACCUGUUUUUGCUGUGUAUCAUCCCCUAGUGUUGGAUCAAUAUGUACAGACUCGACAAAAUGCACUGAACUAGUUUCUGAGUUUGUGGUAGUAUUCCUUUUGACUGAAAUCCAUCCCUAGAAAAAAAAAAUGUUAUGGCUAAAAACUGUAAAUUCAAUAGAGACAUAGCGUGUUUGA